AGUCAUGUUACAUAGGCAAGGGGACAUUUUCAUCGCUGCAUGUUUCCAUGUCUGCGACUCAAAGGUGUAAAAAAGAAUGUUACAAGAAGAAACUUUCAAAAAGUUUGGCGCAUUCAAAAUUUCUUUCAUUUCUGAGGGUGGAUCGUAUAGAUGGUCCGUGCACUAUUACUAACCUACCUUAGAAAAGUCAACUGCUUCAAUCUUUCAACUUCUCUCAAACUCGCGAUACAACAUUCUGAUACUCUGAACGACACCAAGGCAACACCAACACAAAACAGUUGCCCAUCAUGUCGCUCGUCUCAGGAGAGAAGACGAACUUCCAGUUCAUCUUGCGUCUCCUCAACACGAACGUCGAUGGCAAGGAGAAGGUUAUGUACGCCAUGACCCGAAUUAAGGGUGUUGGACGACGAUACUCCAACUUGGUCUGCAAGAAGGCCGACGUUGAUCUAAACAAACGUGCCGGUGAACUUACCUCGGAAGAACUCGAGCGAAUCGUCACCAUUCUCCAGAACCCUACCGCCUACAAGAUCCCUGCCUGGUUCCUCAACAGACAGCGUGAUAUCACCGAUGGCAAGAGCUCCCAGGUCUUGGCCAACGGUGUCGACUCCAAGCUCCGUGAAGAUCUUGAGCGCCUGAAGAAGAUCCGUGCCCACCGUGGUCUCCGACACUACUGGGGUCUCCGUGUCCGCGGUCAACACACCAAGACGACCGGUCGUCGUGGCCGGACUGUCGGUGUCUCCAAGAAGAAGGGUGGUUAAACAAAUCGGUGGAAAAGGGCAUGGUUUCAUUGGUUCAGAUCAUUCAUUGCGGAUGGAAAGGCGUGAUGGCUGGACUGAAAUUACUGCAUUGACGUUAUUACUCAUAUGCUUCGCGAAUUUGGGGGCUUUUCUCAUCGGUUACGACAAAGUCAUGGGUGUACUCUGAGAAGAUAAAUCGAGACAUCAGUGGCCAACACUCCAAACU